GGGGCCCCCCUACUCGGGGCCCCCUGCAGCAGCUGGCUGGUGUAGGAGCGGCCCCGGGGGAACUGUCUGGGGGAGUGCCCUGGUCGCCAGACAACACACACGUCCCCCCCGGGCCCGAAGCCACACACACUCGCCCGGGUCUAUGGCCACAGCCGGGGAGUGGUCCUGUGCGCGCUGCACCUUCCUGAACCCUGCCGGCCAGCGCCAGUGCUCCAUCUGCGAGGCCCCCCGGCACAAGCCCGACCUCGACCACAUCCUGCGGCUCAGCGUGGAGGAGCAGAAAUGGCCCUGUGCCCGCUGCACGUUCCGGAACUUCCUAGGCAAGGAGGCCUGCGAGGUGUGCGGCUUCACUCCGGAGCCCGUGCCCGGGGCCUCCCUGCUCCCCAUCCUCAACGGCGUCCUACCGCGGCCGCGCGCCGCGCCUGCGCCCGCGCCCGCGGAGCCCGAGCGCAGCUGCCCGGAGGAGCCGGCCGGGGGCGCGCGGGACGCGGGGAAGGAGCCGGCCGCUGAGGAGGCCGCGGCCGAGCCCGGGCGCGGCUGGGCUUGCCCGCGCUGCACCCUGCACAACACUCCGGUGGCCAGCUCCUGCUCGGCCUGCGGGGGCCCCCGGAAGCUGUCGCUGCCGCGCAUCCCCCCAGAGGCCCUGGUGGUCCCCGAGGUGGUGGCCCCCGCGGGCUUCCACGCCGCCCCUGCCCCGCCCCAGCCCGACCUCCUCGGGAGAGGCCCAGAGCCCGACCCCCGCUCCGCGGACCCGGAGCCCCCCAAGGUCCCGCCCUUCGGCCCCUUCUCACCCACCCUGCAGAACAAUCCCGUGCCCCGGAACAGCGUGAGUUUUGUGGAUGACAGCUUCCCCCCCGGGCCCGCGUCGGUGGGCUUCCCGGUGGGCGACAGCGUCCAGCAGCGCGUCAAGCAGUGGCUCCGGCCCCACGAGAUCAACUGCUCCGUCUUCAGGGACCACGGCACCCCGUGGUCGGUCUUCCACACCCUCCGGCCCUCCGACAUCCUCCAGGGCCUGUUAGGGAACUGCUGGUUCCUGAGUGCGCUGGCCGUGCUGGCCGAGCGGCCCGACCUGGUGGAGCGCGUGAUGGUCACGCGCGGCCUGUGCGCCGAGGGAGCCUACCAGGUGCGCCUGUGCAAGGACGGCACGUGGACCACGGUGCUGGUGGACGACAUGCUGCCGUGCGACGAGUCCGGCUUCCUCCUCUUCUCCCAGGCACAGCGGAAGCAGCUGUGGGUGGCUCUCAUCGAGAAGGCGCUGGCCAAGCUGCACGGCUCCUACUUUGCCCUCCAGGCAGGGCGCGCCAUCGAAGGCCUGGCCACGCUCACCGGCGCCCCCUGCGAGAGCCUGGCGCUGCAGGUCAGCUCCACUAACCCCCGCGAGGAGCCCGUUGACACUGACCUCAUCUGGGCCAAAAUGCUGAGUUCUAAGGAGGCUGGGUUCCUCAUGGGGGCUUCCUGCGGCGGAGGCAACAUGAAGGUGGAUGACACGGCCUACGAGAGCCUGGGCCUGCGGCCUCGCCACGCCUACUCCAUCCUGGACGUCCGUGAUGUCCAGGGCUCCAGGCUCCUGCGGCUCCGGAACCCCUGGGGCCGUUUCUCCUGGAACGGCAGCUGGUCAGACGAGUGGCCACACUGGCCUGGGCACCUGAGGGCCGAGCUCAUGCCCCACGGCAGCAGCGAGGGUGUAUUCUGGAUGGAGUACAGCGAUUUCAUCAGGUACUUUGACUCCGUGGACAUCUGCAAGGUCCACUCGGACUGGCAGGAGGUGCGGGUGCAGGGCAGCUUCCCCAGCACAGCCAGCCGGCCGGUGGGGGUGACGGCGCUCACCGUGCUUGAGCGAGCCUCGCUGGAGUUUGCGCUCUUCCAGGAGGGCAGCAGGCGCUCAGACACUGUGGACAGCCACCUGCUGGACCUUUGCAUCCUGGUGUUCCGUGCCACCUUCGGCAGUGGUGGCCGCCUGAGCCUGGGCCGCCUCUUGGCCCACAGUAAACGCGCCGUCAAAAAGUUUGUGAACUGCGACGUCAUGCUGGAGCCUGGGGAAUAUGCCGUGGUGUGCUGUGCCUUCAACCACUGGAGCCUGGCCCCGCCGGGCCCGCCCACUGCCGCCCAGGCCCCUGGCCCCUCGGCCGGCGCGCCUCCUGGCCACGUGCUCGCGGUGUACAGCUCCAGGCUGGUCAUGGUGGAGCCAGUCGAGGCCCAGCCGACCACACUGGCAGACGCCAUCAUCCUGCUCACGGAGAGCCGCGGCGAGCGCCACGAGGGCCGGGAGGGUAUGACCUGCUACUACCUGACGCACGGCUGGGCGGGCCUGAUCGUGGUGGUGGAGAACCGGCACCCCAAGUCCUACCUGCACGUGCAGUGCGACUGCACAGACAGCUUCAACGUGGUGUCCACGCGCGGCAGCCUGCGCACGCAGGACAGCGUGCCACCCCUGCACAGGCAGGUUCUGGUGAUCCUGUCCCAGCUGGAGGGCAACGCCGGAUUCUCCAUCACCCACCGCCUGGCACACCGCAAGGCCGCCCAGGCCCUCCUCAGCGACUGGACGGCCUCCAGGGGCACCCACAGUCCCCCGCUCACCCCCGAGGUCGCCGGCCUGCACGGGCCCCGGCCGCUGUGAGGGCCACACCCGGGGCGGGCUGUGUGCAAACCACCCCUGCCCCUCCACAUGCACUUUAUGAGGGAGACCCCGAAGGAGGGUGCUUGAACCAGAAUCUCAGGACCCCACUGGGGGGGCCCCUGGCUGCAGGGUACUGCUUCCCUCGGCCAUCCCCCCCUCCCCCACC